GGGUGGAAUUUCACUUCCUGUAUCUCUCAGGUGAGUCACCUGGGCAAUGUCGUCGAUCGCUCAGGUAUUCUUCGACAUCAAACUGUUGAAUAUUUCCUGAGAGUUUCAGCGUUGGAAAGGAUCAGACGAACAGAUCCGCCUUGAGAGCGUUUGUGGAAGUUGAACAAUUUCUGGGGUCAGAGCAGGAAGUCAGGAGCUUAAGGUUGAUUUGUGAGAAGACGCAAAGUGUGUUUGCCUCAUUUGCGGCCUAAACACUCGUCGAAGAAGUUGCCUGUUUUAAAUAGCCUGAUUGGUAAAGUUUUUUAUUUUUUUUAUUUCGGUACUGUCGUAGCAGGUGAUUUCUGGAUUUCGUUUGUGUGGAAAUCUGUACAGGAUUUUAAAAAUGAAUUCAUUCCUUGUUGGACAAUUGGGAGCGUCUGCGCUCGUGCUUUUAGUGUUACUUUUAGACUCCACUUCUGGCCAGGAGUCGGGCCAGGCAUGCUUAGAGCAAUUCAAGGAAGGUCGGGAGGAUUUUGUCCUCGAUGCCGACGAUUCAGUGAAAGACGGAGCGACGUUUAUUUCGUCGCCGAAACUGGAUCGAUACAAGGACUGCGUGAGCGCCUGCUGUAAAGAGCCGAAGUGCAACGUCGCCUUCAUGGAGAGAGGAGCCGCAGAAGGCUUGAUCAGCUCUUGCUUUCUCUUUGAUUGUCUCUACAAAAAGAAAUACGCCUGCCGUUUUGUCAGAAAGCAAGGAUACAUGACUUAUAUCCUGGACUCCGUUUAUGAGAGUUAUCUUAAAGUGGAUGCCCCCCCAGAUGAUCUAGACCGUCCGCCAGUGGCCAACGGAGGCCAGGACCGAGUGGUCCAGCCUCAGGACACUUUGACACUGAACGGCAUACAGAGCAAAGAUGACAAUGGGAUUGUGUCCUACCAGUGGCAAAUGCUCACCGGAUAUCAGUACGCAGUCAUUCAGAAAACAACCUUUGAUGACCAGAUUAUGGUGUCCAAUCUGACAUCUGGGGUGUACAAAUUCCAGCUGACCGUCACAGACACCAUCGGCCAGUCAGACUCAACCAAGGUCACCGUCCUGGUCCUAACUCCUGAGCAGUCCGAGCACCACUGUAUGGUUCCAAUGAAAAUUGGACCGUGUCGCGGUUCCUUCCCUCGCUGGCAUUAUAAUGCAGCCUCCGAGAAGUGUGAGGAGUUCAAAUUUGGGGGCUGCAGGGAGAAUCUCAACAACUAUCUCUCAAAGGAGGAGUGCACCAAUGCCUGUGCUGGCUCAGAAAAAAAAAGUAAAGGCGGUAGAGGUUUGCCAAUCACCGUCCCUCAAGAAGAAAGAUGUAAUGCUCCGUGUAAAUCAGAGGAAUUCACCUGUGCGAACGGCUGCUGUCUGGAUCGGGCUCUGGAGUGUGACAAAUCUCCACAAUGUAGCGACGGCUCAGAUGAGCAGAAGUGCGAGGACUUGGAAAACAAAUUUCGGAUUCUGCUGCAGAUUCCAGUUGAUGAACAAAAAGUGCGCUGCACAGAGGUGCCUGACACAGGAAGCUGCAGGGACAGUUACACCAAAUGGUACUACAGUCCCCUCCAAAAGGAUUGCUUCCGUUUCAACUACGGUGGCUGCAAUGGAAAUGAGAACCGAUUUGAAUCGAAUGAGCAGUGUAUGAGAGUUUGCCACGGGGUAACAGAAAAGGACCUAUUUUCAAGAAAGGAGUCAUUUACAAACAAAAUGUCUCAAGGCAACACAGGUAUUGUAGCGAUAGCUGCCCUCCUGGGUGUGGCCAUCUUUGUCCUACUAGUCAUCCUGGUGUACUGCCUCAUGAAGGGAAAGAAGAAGUCUUCACAGCACCACCGUGUGCCCGUCAACACCGCCCCAGUCAGCUUGGAGGACAGAGAGCGUCUGGUCUACAACAGCACCACCAAGCCCAUCUGACCCCUCUGUCCUCACCUUUCGACCCGCGUCCUGGUGGUGAAUGACAUUGGUUGCCAGAGCUGUGUUGUAAAUUGAACAAACUCAUUAACGAGAGAGGAGACAAUGUCCGUUGACAAAGUUUAAAUGCUGGAGGGGAACUCUUUUUAUUUGGUCCAUUUCUGGAUGUAUUUAGGGUAAUGCACAUAGAAGGCACAACUAGAAUGUCUUCAAUGAUAAAAUGUGAUGUAUUUUGAUUUUUAGCUUUUUUUUCAAUACAGUGGCCUGUUAAAAGAGAUUGUUGGUUAUCUGUGUGUACUCUGGUUAACAGGGAAGGAUUGUCAUUAGUUUGGAGGUAUAUGAUAAAUGGAUAUUAUUGGAUCAGCUUAUAUUCCUAAAUGUAUUUUACUUUGUUGUAUUUGCUUUCAUUAAACAAUAUGAUAGUCGUUAGUGAAUAGGUCUCUUUAAAA